UAUCCUUCUUCUCUCAAGAACUGCGACUCCCCAACCUCCCCUGAUCAGAUCUUGAAACCCUUCUUCUUCUAGGGUUUUAUAGUUCCUUUCUCAAAAGACCUUUUCUUUCUGGAAAACCAUCCAUCGCUCUCUGGUUUCUUGGUUUCGGCGAGCAUUUCUUCUGUUCUGCCCAGGAACUCUGGCGUUUCUUGAGCUCUCUCAACGCCAUGGAGUCGAGCUGUGUCACCGCAUCAAAUGGAGCGAGCAACGAGGCCGUUGACGUUUUGGAGAAGAAGGAACCGCAUCGUGAAGCAUCGACGACACCCACAACCGGAAGUGGCAGAAAGAGUGGUGGAUCGAAGGAUAUUGGAAAUUCAAUUCUAAAAUCUAUCAACAAAUCCACACUACAAAUUAAGAAGCCUCCCUAUCGAAGAAGUGCUUCUCCAGUGAAUUGGUUUCCACGGAAAAAGACAGACUCUUACUUAAAGAGAAAAAUAAGGCGCCUGCAGGAGGUUGGAGGGAUGAAUCUCUCUCUUGAUGAAACUCUGGGAAAUGCCAACCCUCACUACACUAGGAUGGCAAGGGAAAAGAUUGCAGCUAGAGAGGCAGCAAGCAAAGCUAUGGAGGCUCGUAAAGCUGCAAUGGUUGAAGCCUCUUGGUGCCGAAUACUUCGAGCAUCAAGGAUCCAAAGCAAAGAUGCAGUGGCUGAGUUGGAGAAGGCAGAGAAGUCUGCAGCAGAGGCUUUUGAAGCAGCAAGAGCUAUGGGAGUCAUGAUGUAUGAUAGACCUGAUUGUCCAAGGCAACCAUGUGAAAUAGAAAUAUCUGCUUCCAUUGGAGGAAGAUCCACUCACACAGUCACUGCUUCUUUUGAAACUGCUUUCGAGGUAGAUAAAGAAGUCGCUGCAGCAGUUAAGAAAGCAUUUAUACGACUUGCAAAUUGUCCCUCUUCCUCAAAUAAAGAAGAAUUUAGAGAUUUUCUGCGUAAAAUCAGUCAGAAUCCCGACACUGAUGAUACCGUGGUGGAAUUAUCAGAGACAACUUCAGAAUGCGAACCUGAUCCUGGAGGCAAUACAGUCAGGAAACAGGAGAGAGAAACAAAAGAAAGAAAGCAGAAAAGCGGUCUAUUUUCAGCUGAUUGGAAUGGUAGCUCUAAAUCAAACAUGGAGCUUGUUGACAUGAUGCUCGACAGGCUUAAAGGUUUGCAAGAAGAUGAGCUUUCUUCUCUUGCUGUUAUUGUUGCCACCUGUGGUCUGAAUGCUGCUCUUCUUGAAGUGGAAACUGGCAAAGAACAUGAUCUUGAGCCUGUUAGCAACUGCACAAUGGGAUCGCUAGGAACAGGGGCAAGAAGAUACUCUGGCAUUGCAUGUUCUAUGGAUGACCGUUUGAAAAAGAAAGAAACUGUGACAGAAGUACCCAGUCUCGACAAGUUUUUAGUGAAGCAUGUCUCUCGGCUUGAAAGAGAAGUUCAAGAAGCACGAAAUUUAAAGAAGAGCAAUUUGGCAUCAGAAAAUCUGAAAGCUUCAGGAAAACCUGACACACCAGUUGCUGAUGGUAUUGCAGCAUCCUCAGAGUCCACCUUGGACCUUGGAAGCAUACUUGUAAAGCAUGUCUCAAGACUAGAAAGGGAGAUCCAGGAAGCCAAGAGGAACUCUCACAAGAACAGUCCAUCAGAAGAUGGGAAGACUAUGGAACUCCAUGUCGAAAAGGAAAUCAACACUGAAAAUGGGACAUCUGAAUCUAAUGAUAUUGUCGCACCGUUAUCGGAGUCCACCCCUGAUUUGGGAGGAAGCCAUUCUUCAGACCAUGAACAGGAGAUCAUGUCACAUGAGAAGGAAUGCAAACAGUCGAAAACUUCUCAAGGUCUGAAUGAGGAGAAAGAAAAUAUAGACUAUGGCAUGCUUAUGCCAUCUUCCUGCACUGCAAGUGAGAUGCAUCAUGCUACUAAGCACAUGUCUCGUAUUGAAAGAGCUAAACUGGAGGUAUUGAAAGAAACAAAUGAACACAUGGGUCUUGAUAAAGUAUUGGUCAAGCCAGAGAAAAUGCAGGCCUUGCAACAUGGAAGUGACAAUGUGAUGCCGAGAGGCCAGAGGAAGCAAGGAGCCGAUAUGACAGCUUUAGAGAGUUUAGAUAAGGUCUUGGUAAAGCAUGUUUCAAGACUUGAGAAGGAAAAGUUGGCCGUUGGAACAAAGGAAGAUAUGAUGCCAGCGAGAAAAAGUGAUCCGCGACCCAAAAAAUGUGCAGGGAGUUUAGAUGGAAUUCUGGUCAAGCAUCAAUCGAAACUUGAGAAGGACAAGUUGGCUGCCUCUCAACAAUCAGCAGAUUAUAUCAGGCAUGUGGAUUCUCGUCGAGAAGCGAGGGAAAGGGAGCUGCAAGAAGCAUGGGGAGGCUUGAGCUUGGGAAAUUCUAUACGACCACACCUCUCGAGGCUUGAGCGAGAGAAGGCUGCUUGGAGGAAAGCUGAGGAGGAAGAGCGAAGGAGAGAAAUGCAGCUAUGAAGUAAAUCUGAGGUUCUUUUCCUUGCUGAUGUUUUUCUGAAUUUCCUUAAAGAUAUGUUCAUUUUCCUACCUGAUGUACUAUGCUUGAUGGGCCUAUAAUGUUGAGUAGGCCCUAGAAAUAUUGGAAUAGGUCGGUUUGAUA